UUAAACCUUCUGCGCGCUUCCGCCUGCAUCCUAGCAACGACCGCAGUGAGGCGCAGGCCCCGCCCCCUCCCCCCGGGCGCCUACCGGAAGUUGCCGGCGCGGAGCUGAACGCCGGCCUCCGCGCGGUCCCCGGCUGUGUGUCUGCGAGUAGUGUCGGGACGGGAGGUCCCGGCCAGCAGAGAGCGUCCGGGCCGGGGAGGGGUGGGUCGCACAUUCACGUGCGCGGCGCGGACCGAGAGCUGGUGACGAUGGCUGGACCGCCUCAGCCCCUGGCGCUGCAGCUGCAAGAGUUGCUGAAUCCGCGACCGAGCGAGGCGGAUCCGGAGGCCGACCCAGAGGAGGCCACUGCUGCCAGAGUGAUUGACAAGUUUGAUGAAGGGGAAGAUGGGGAAGGUGAUUUCCUGGCAGUGGGUAGCAUUAGAAAACUGGCAUCGGCCUCCCUCUUGGACACAGACAAAAGGUAUUCCGGCAAGACCACCUCUAGGAAAGCUUGGGAGGAAGACAAUUGGGAGCAGACUCUGCUGAGUUCAUCUGAUGAGGAAAUAUCCGAUGAGGAAGGGUCUGGAGAUGGACAUUCAGAAGACCUGGUUCUGGAGGGAUCUGAUGUGGAAGACCUGAGUGCUGCUGAGGAACAGAAGUGUGGUGAUGACAGUGAGAGCAGUCUGGCCUGGAGAGAGAAGAGCAGAAGCCAUUCUGCAAAAGCACCUGACUUCAGUGUCCAGAGCAUCAGUGACUUUGAGAAAUUUACUGAGGGAAUGGAUGACCUUGGGAGCAGUGAGGAGGAGGACGAUGAAGUGGAGAGUGGCAUGGAAGAAGGAGAUACUGAGGAAGACUUGGAGGGUAAGAGUGAGGAAGACAGGGCGGCAGACAGGAACAGUGAGGAUGAUGUGGUGAUGACCUUCUCCAGUGUCAAAGUUUCCGAGGAAGUGGAGAAAGGGAGAGCCGUGAAGAACCAGAUAGCACUGUGGGACCAGCUCUUGGAAGGAAGGAUCAAACUACAGAAAGCUCUGUUGAUCACCAACCAACUUCCUCAACCAGACGUUUUCCCAGUUUUCAAGGACCAAGGUGGCUCAGAAUUUGCCAGCACCUUAAAAAAUAGUCACAAGGCACUUACAGCAUUGUUGAGGUCAUUGGUAGAUCUUCAGGAAGCAUUGCUUUUUCAGUACCCAGACACUAGAUAUCUAGUAGGUGGAACAAAGCCCAAAGCAGGAAGUGAAGAGAUAUCUAGUGAAGAUGAUGAGUUAGUAGAAGAGAAGAAGCAGAAAAGGGUCCCACCAAAGAGGAAGCUGGUCAUAGAUAACUAUCCCAGCUUCAUGGCAAAGCGCUUUGCUGACUUUACCAACUACAGGAACCGCACACUUCAGAAGUGGCAUGACAAAACCAAACUGGCAUCUGGAAAACUGGGGAAGGGUUUUGGUGCCUUUGAACGCUCAAUCUUGACUCAGAUUGAUCAUAUUCUGAUGGACAAAGAAAGAUUACUUCGAAGGACACAGACCAAGCGUUCUAUCUACCGAGUGCUUGGCAAACCUGAACCAGUAGCUCAGCCUGUCCCUGAGAAUUUACCAGGAGAACCGGAAAUCCUUCCUCAAACCCCUGCCAAUGCUCAUCUGAAGGACCUGGAUGAAGAAAUAUUUGAUGAUGAUGACUUUUACCAUCAGCUCCUUCGAGAACUCAUAGAACGCAAGACAAGCUCCUUGGAUCCCAACGAUCAGGUGGCCAUGGGAAGACAGUGGCUUGCAAUCCAGAAGUUACGAAGCAAAAUCCACAAGAAAGUAGAUAGGAAAGCCAGCAAAGGAAGGAAACUUCGGUUUCAUGUCCUUAGCAAGCUACUGAGUUUCAUGGCACCUAUUGACCAUACUACAAUGAAUGAUGAUGCCAGGACAGAGCUGUAUCGAUCUCUUUUUGGCCAACUUAACCCUCCAGUCGAAGGCCACAGGGAUUGACGUCACCCACCUCCCUUGUCACAGGCCCGAAGGCAGGGCCUCCCGAUGCCCAGGAUGCCUUGUCCAGUUUGGCUACUCGUCCAGAUGGUGAAACCAGUGACUUUACUGGGUUGAGCCAGUAGGGAGAUUCCUGGGUGCAAUGUUUGGAUCAUGUGCCUGUCACAAGCAAGGGCACCACCCCUGCACCCUGUCCUUUAACCAUCACAAAUAAAGAGCAUUGUCACUGCUGCCA